GUCUUGUCAGUGGAUACUGGAACCAGCAGAAACUUUCUUUAACUUUUGAGUCAUUGCCUACUCACUCAUUCAAAGCCUGCGCCACUGUCAUAAACGACUAGCUGCCUUCUAGCGAAGCGGCGAUGAAAACGUUAAAUGGUAAAAAGUCAGGUUAUAGUUAUACUCGUAGUUGGAUGCAGAUGCACUGUUUCGGCUUAAUACCUUCAAGCGUCGCAAAAAUGUCAUCUGGACAAUCGAAGAUUUUUUUGGGAAACAUAUUUCACUGCCAAAAUGAUCCAGCCAAAAAGCAAUUGUAUAGAAUAUCCAAUGAACAAGGUGGUUUUGUGAUCGUAAAACGAAGUAAGAUUAUGGCAAUAGGAAGGAAAGAAGACCUCGAACAAGCUAGAGCACAACACUUAGCAGAUGAGCAAGAUGUCAUGGUAACUGUUCUAUCAGAUCGUCAACUGUUAAUUCCAGGUUUCGUAGAUACACAUAUACAUGCUCCACAGUAUCCAAAUUGCGGAUUAGGCUACGAUAAGCCUUUAUUAGAAUGGUUACAGGCUUACACCUAUAAGCUAGAAAGGAAAUAUAGGGAUUUGGAGUACUCAAGAAAAGUUUUCAAUGCAGUGGUGAGGCGUACUUUGAAUCAUGGUACGACCACGGCAUGUUAUUUCGCCUCUCUAUUUCAAGAUGCCAGCCUGAUUCUAGUCGACGCUGUGCUUAAAUACGGACAAAGAGCGUUUAUCGGCAAAAUCAACAUGACAACUUUGGCGCCAGAUGACUAUGUAGAGACGCCUGAGGAGACCAUCAAGCUAACAAGAAAAUUUAUUGAAUCUGUUCGGUCUAAAGAUUGCGAACUAGUGGAACCAAUCGUUACGCCAAGAUUUGCACUAAGCUUAGAAAUGGAUUCAAUGAUUGAACUGGGACAGUUAGUCAAGGAGUACAACGUCAAUGUUCAGACUCAUAUAUCAGAAAAUACAGAUGAAGUCAAGCAGGUAAAUUCCAAGUACGGUCUUCCUUAUGCGAAUGUUUAUGAUAAAGCUGGACUAUUGACGCCAAAGACAGUUCUGGCCCACGGCAUCUACUUAACAGACGAAGAGCUCAGUCUUUUAAGUCAAAGAGGUAGUUCAGUGUCGCACUGUCCCGACUCUAAUACCUGCUUGAAAUCGGGCAUGUGCGACGUCAGGCGGUUGUUUAGCUUCGGCAUUAAAGUAGGUCUUGGCACGGAUGUUUCCGGGGGAGCGUCGCCGUCGAUUGUUUCUGCGAUGCGAUCCGCAUUAGCGACUUCUAUCAACUUAUCUUUCGGUCAGAAGAACUAUAAGCCAUUAAACUAUCUGGACGUAUUUUAUUUGGCCACUCUAGGUGGUGCUGAAGAUGUCAAGCAGAAGCAAAACUGGUCAAGUACUACACAAUAGCGAAACGCAAUACAGAAGCUUAGGUCCAGCCUGCUCCUCGAUGAAAUGCUUGAAAUACAAAAAGAGACACUGUAAUACUAUAACUCAUGAGGAGCGAUCGUCGAUUUUUAAAAAAAUUUGGACCGAUAUGUCUUGGGAGCAAAAACAGAUAUAUGUAGCAAGUUUGAUGGAAAAGAGAGAAACCAGAAGGAAAUAUGUGAAGCUUCACAAUCGGGAAAUUGAGCUACCCAGGGACUACGUGAAAGUAACAAGAGAAGCGCGAUAAAAAACCAGAACCGUACGAAGUUAAAUACAUGAACCAUACGGAUUUCAGAAAUUAUGAUAUUAGAGACCAAAUGGUGUAUCAUAGUAUCAGACCAGGAAAAAAAGCACAUGACCCAAUAGUAACUAAUUUAAGAGAGAUCCACUAUCAAUCAGAAGGCAAAAUUCAAAUUAAACUGCAGUUUCAAGAUGAGUUCACCGACCUACCUCAAAGAGUUUAAAAGAAGCCAUGUAUGAUACAUUUCUUUGAUCAAAGACUUUAUACAGAUAGAUUGAAAAUAUCAAACAAGAAAUAUGACCAUUUGCAAGAUCUGUAAUCUACUCUAGCAGAUGAGAUACAUAGUUUCUAUGACAACCUGCCUUAUGAGUAGGAAGACAAACAUCCUUGUCAUCCUUUUAUACUGUUUCCUUUAGAAUCUCUGUAUUAGUUUCAUUUAAAUAUUGUAUAACAACAAUGUUCAAUAAAGCCCUGUUUGGUAUAUUGUUUGAAUAAUGAAACAUCUAUUUUCAUUAUAAUAAACCUGAACACCAAGUAUCAUCAUCAAACAGCUAAGUGCAAUAACAUGUAUCAAACAUAUUUUUCACAAAAAAAUA